GUAGGCUUACUCUCGACUAGCACUUGUUACAAUGAUUACCUUCUAUGAUAUCCCGUCGAGGCUUUCGCCGCAGGCCUGGUCACCGAGCACGUUCAAGACCAGAUUGUCACUCAAUUAUAAGGGCAUUCCGUACAAAACAGAGUGGGUCGAGUACCCAGAUAUCGAACCUACCAUGAAGAGAAUCGGCGGUGCUCCAACAAGCAAGAAGGCAGACGGCCGUGACCAUUACACUCUCCCAGCGAUUCACGACUCAGUGACGGGCAGAGUAAUCACGGACUCCACUGCUAUCGCGGAAUACCUUGACGCGACGUAUCCCGACACCCCAGCACUCUUCCCACCGGGUACCAAGGCCGCUAUCGCGACACUAGAACACAUAUUCAUGCAGAACAUCAAGACGACAAUAUUUCCUAUCAUGAUGUUUGAGACGCACGGUAAACUCAACCCAGCGAGCCAGGCUUAUUGGCGCGUUGCUCGGGAAGCGGCAUUUGGGAAGAAGUUAGAGGAAUUAGCGCCACCUGGUCCAGGACGUGAUGCAAUGUUGAAGCAGCUCCUGGAGGGUCUGGAUACUGCUGCGGGAUUUUAUGACAGGAAUGGAGAAGGGGUACAAUUCUACUUCGCUGAUAAAUUCUCAUUUGCGGAUGCUAUCGUCGUUGGUUUCUUGAUUUGGAUCAGGGCCAUUCUAGGUGCAGAGAGCGACGCAUGGAAAGCGAUAUCGACACGGAAUAACGGACGAUGGGGAAAAUUGGUCGAAUCGACACAGAAGCUGCAAGUAUGAUGACGAGUUGACUGUGGUACAGUGAGUUGUUAAAUAUAAGAUAUGUCAGAAUAACACUAGAUCAGGAUUCGAAUAUCCUACGGAUUCCUACCAUCCCAUGAGUAGAUGUGAAUUUGUAUAUUCCUACUUUCGGAUAUGACACUAUUA